GCAACGCGGCUGCCUGCCGCUAGCGCUCCGCAGCGCUCCCGUGACGCCUGUUGCCAGCGCGGCGGACUGCGCCGAUUUCAACUCGCGCUGAUUUCAAGUGCGCUGGCUCCGAUCCGGAUUGCGUCGUUCGACUCUCAACAGCGGGCCCCUGGUGUCCCGGCUGUACUUGGAGUUAUCUCCACUUGCCCCUGAAGGAAAACCGAAAGGACGAGUGUAGUGACUGGCUCUAGCGUGAGUCGUUGGUUUCGUACACGAGACGUUCUCCUUAUUUCCCUCCUGAACGCUUGGAGCGAAGCCCACGAAAGAAGACUGUGCGACUGCGGGAUACCCCCAAUUUAUUUCUGGACAACUCUUCCAUGGCAUGUACAGUGAUACUGCGGCCGAUCACUUUGUACUCCGGGGGCCUCUGAAAGAGACGGAGCAGCGGACGCAGCAGCGGCAGUGAGACGUCGCCGUGGCGCGGCCUCGGCGACAGCAGCGUCGGCGCCAUGAGCAGCCUCUGCCGCUCGUCGCCAUUCUCGUCGCGCACCAAGAGCCUGCGCGAGAAGUUCGCCUCCAAACGCAGUUACUCCGAGUCUUUCAAGGACCCCCCUCCGGCAGCAGUCGGAUCCGCGACGAGUGCGGCGGCACAAGAUGCUUCCUCUACAAGUGCCCGGUCUCCACCACGACCAGAGUCCGGACCGGGCUACCUGAGUCAUUGCAGCGGCAGCGCGGAUGCGGCCAGCGGCCUCGUGAUGCCGCCAUCGUUGCCCGGGUUUAUGCCUUCCUACACGGUCAUGCCCGAGGACGCCUACUGCAGCGCGCUGGACAUCAACUGCCAACAGGGAGACCCAAGGUUCCCGUGGCAGCGUGACGCGGCAGUGCAGUGCGACCUGCGAGGCUCCUCGCUGGUCAACUCUCGUUCCUCGACGCACAUCGACGGUGGUCGAUGCUCCCCGGGCCUGUCCUCGCUCAUCCGGCCGUCGUCGCCAGCCGCAGCGACCAGGGCCGCCAUCUGCGGCAGCAGCGUCGGCGACAUCUUCAGCACCAGCGCGGCCGGCUCGCCUCCCACGCCGCCGCCGCGCCGCUCGACGCCGGCGCUGCAGCGCGCCCUGUCGCUGGAGCGGAGCGCGGCGCGCAAGAAGGGCGCCUCGUCCCUGCUGGCGGGACACGCGAGCGCCUCGGCCUCGCCCGGCGCCCAGCUACCGCCAGCACUCGAGGAAGGCGGCGCCGCCGCCAACGGCAGCGCUCCCGCCGGCAAUGCGGCCUCCGCGGCGGCCGCCCGCGCGGCUUCCUGCAGUCCGCAGCGGGCGCAGCCGGUCAGCCCGGAGCCCAAGUCUGGCCAGGCGUCGCCCGCCUUCACGAGGACGCCCCCGGGCGAGACGACGCCUCCGCUGACGCGUCGGCCCAGCGCUGCCGAGCGCCGCAAGAUGUGCUUCGUGCGGAAGCAGACAAACUCGGCGCCAAACUCGAUGGACGAGGAGGUGCCGAGUCCGUCGUCGUCUUCGGUGUGCAGCGCCGGCGCCCCGUCCACGGCCUCGUCGUAUCUGUCGCGUAACACGUCGGUCGCCUCGGCGCCCACGGGCUCGUCGUCCUGCGGCACCGGGUCGGACAGCAGGCCCGGGUACUUCAACUUCGAGUCCAUGCAGCGCCUCCUCGACCUGUCCAUGAAGGUGCCCGGCGAGCGCAAGUCCUUCUAUCUCGAUAUCCCGUCGCAGGAAGGGCUUGGAGCUUGCCGUGAUGGCAAAGCAGCCUACCUCAGCCUGCCGUCACCUAACCUUCAGACGGAGGAGCAGGAGAGCAGCAUCGUGUUCAAGAAGCUGUCUAAGCCAGAGGAAGAAGAGGAUGAGCAGGACGAGUUCGUCGAGCCGCCGGCCUCGGCUCUGCACAGGAGGCAGGCGCUCGUCCCGCCAAAGAUGCUCACAGACGGCUACGAAAGUUCUAGCGAGGACAUUUCCACGCAGGGAUCGGUGUCGAACGACCAGAACACGCAGAAGACGCGAAGGCGAAGCUCGAUCGUGGUGAUCCCGCCGAUGCAGAUCUGCCCGGGGGACCUGCUCGUCUACAGCAAAGUUCUCACGCACAGAAACAACCUCUUAGCAGAUAUCGACGGCUCAACCCAGUGCCUUGCAGUUUCAGAAGAUUCAACAAGAAAAGCUAAAAAUACCUGGUCUCUGUUACGGCUGCGAAGCGCCACUACCGCCCGCUGCCGCUGCUGCCGCUGCUGCUGCUGCCGCCGCCGCAAGCUGCCAUGUGAAGCCUGCUUCCGGCGCCGUCCCUGCUUCUUCUUCUUGAUCUACUACGCUGCCUGCCGUAGUGGUCCCUCGGUGGGCCAAGAGCACACGCAUGCACGACCCCAGCCGGUGCCCUCUCUUUAUCUCCUGCUCCCCGAACCGCUCCUGCCCGCUCCUCUCUCUAAAUACCCUCUCCCCACGGCCUGCCUGCCUUCUCUGCAUGCUUGGCGGCGCGCGCGAGCGGUGCGUGCUAAGAGCCGCCUCCUGUCCGUCCACAUGUGUGUCCAGUUUGACAGGGCCAACAGGGCCAAGACCGAGUGCCUUGGCGGACUCGAAGAGGUCCUCAGCACGCUCAGACCGUCCGAGUUCUGCGACGAGCAGCUCGCCAAGUACAAGGGCAUGACGUGGGACUCCUUCGUGGCGUCGCUGAAGAAGCGCGACGCCGGCAGCGACGACGAGGACGAGGACGAGUCGAGCAGCGGGGGCGCAGGCUCUCCCAAGAGCGGCGCCGCGUCGUCUUCGGCGGCUGCCGCCUCGUCUACGAUCGCUGCCCCCGAAGGGCCGGGAGGCCUGUCGGUGCCCGGCGAAGCGGACCGGGGCAGCCCGACGGGAGAGGCAAUGCAGAGCCAGUUCCUGCGCACCAUCAACCAGACCAUCCAGAAGAACGAGGCCAAGAAGAAGGAGGCACUGUGGGAACUUUUCCAGAGCGAGUGCAACUUCCUCGAGGACCACCUCAUGGUUCUCAAGAAUGUGUUCAUGGAGCCACUGAAGAAGAUCCAAGUGGAGGGAUACGCCAUGUUCGCCGAACCGGAGGUGCUCUUCGGAAACCUCGAUGAACUUUGUUGCGUCACUUACGCCUUCUGUAGAGAGUUUAUCAACUUUAUCCUGGCCAGCCACAACUCUGGGGAGUUUAGCACGACAGACGUCCUUAUUAGACUUUUCAAGAAGAGCACAAAGGCAGCGGCCCUGAGGCAAGCCUACCACAGAUACACGCUCAACUACAUAAAUGCGCUCAACUACUUGGAGACGCUCAGGAGGCAAGUGGAAUUCAACGAGUUUGAAAAGUGGUGUGCCCGGGACCCGCGCUGCAAGAAGCUCCAAUUGACCGACCUGCUGGUGUCGCCGGUGCAGCACAUCAUGCGCGUCCCUCUCAUCCUCAAGGACAUCGAGAUGCGAACCGAGGACAUGGAGGAGCGGGACUGCAUCACAGCCAUCCUCGAGACUGAGGAGAACUCGCUCCGGGAACUCGACGACAAAAUGAAGUGGCUCAAGAACUUUGAGCGGCUGCUGGAGAUCCAGAGAAACAUAGUGUGGCCACCGGUGACCGAGCUAGACUCAAAACUCUACAUUCCCGAGUUCCUGAAAGUACCACUUUCAAAGCAACCAUGUGAAAGGCUAAUCGUCAGUCCACGACGGCAAAUAAUCCUCGAGGGGCCACUACAGAUGCUCGAUACCUCCAAAAGCGGCUUUGAAGUUUACGUAGUCCUAUUUGAUGACAUGAUUCUAAUCACGAGAAAGAAGAAAGGACUGAGCAAAAAGAAAUCAUCACUAAACCUGGACACAAAGCCCAGCCAAGAUAAAAAGAACAAUGCAAUACAAGAUGGCGUCAAGUACAUAGUCUACAAGCAGCCUCUCUCCCUGGACCGCAUCUGCAUCCAUGAUGUCAGUGCACAGGAGGGUGCCGCACACAACCUCAAGAAUGUCUUUGUAUUUGUCUGCUUAAAUCGGUUUCAACAGAUCAUCACAGUGCACACACUGCAAGCCUCAAAUGAAAGCACAAAGCUCACCUGGCUGACAAAACUCCGGGACACCGUAGACAGAUGGAAGAGGACACUGCAAAACACUGUGUUCCGGAAUCAGAGGAUACCAGCCAACAGUAGCGCACCGCCACCACCGAAGUAGGCACAAGACUCCCUCACCCCACCACAGUGUGGGGCUUCAGACCAUGUGUACAUAUACGAAAGGCACAAGUGUGGCUUGGGCCAUUUGCACCAGCAGACGUUAAAUGCACGAACUCCACAACCUGCACAACAUGUCCUCAACAAUGUCAGGCCUGUGAGCAGUGGGCCACCGCAAAGUGUCUUGAGAACGUUCCUGAGGCUGUUCCCCACUAGAGGUAGCAAUCCAAGUGGCGUGGUUGUAACUGUCGCAGCUCCUGCUGCUCAAAGAAGCUGACAGGGGAAGCACAGUUCAAGUGUUUCUUACACGACUCCUGUCGAGACCAUAACCUAGCAUAGCGUUGCUCUACUAUCGUGUCUAACGCAUCCUGCUUCCAUCCGCAUUGGUUCUCUUCAGAGGCACCUGCUAUGUUGCACAUACCACCCAUCAAGCACUUGGUGUUGUCAUUUGUUUUACGCAUGUGUAUAUAUGUGUAUGUAAGCAUGUAUAGUCUCACACUCGGAGCAUCUGCAAGUAGGUGCACAUCCGUGCAAGCUUUGUUUCCCAUUUUGUUCAUUAUGGUGAAUGAAAACUUUCUCACAAAAGGACAGAGUGAGUGAACUGAAGGAGUGAAUCCUCUGCUAUUCAGGGUGCAUUGUUUCUUGGUCAUUUCAACUGAGAUUGUUUCCACCAACGCCUACAUACCAAGAAUACUUGGAGCAGGAUCAUGGAGCACAUCAGAAUUAGAAUGCAAGCAUAGCAAAAAUUACGAAGCAGCUUUUCUUCAGCAACACAACUGAUGGCAAAACAUAGAAGAUACUUGGGAACAGCGACACUCAAAUGAAACAGUAAUAUGAAGCACCUGUCUUUGUCCUUACUUAACCUUAACAGGAGAGUUGAGCAGAGGUCUGCUAGCGAAAUACUGUAAUGCAGAUAUGACCUGAGCUAGAAAAAUGGCAGGAAACAUACAACAGUGCUGACUUAACUUGAUUUAACAGUAUCAAUGUCCCACUGAAGCAAAGUGACCAAAGAAGAAAUGAUGUGGAAUGAGUAUUCAUCAUUCAUGGGUGUAAGCACACUAACAACCUGCACUUUCCUCAUACCAGUUUUGCCAUUUCACCUAUUUCAAACUUCCUUUAAGUAAUCAUUCUUGCUCAUGCUUUGAGGUCAGCUCAUUGCUCAUAUAUCAUUAAACAACACAACGGAUGUGAAAAGGCAUGGCAUACAGCAGCUCUACUUUCAGAUUUAUACCCCUGUCAAGCGGGCAAGCGCACUCACGGAAAGUGCACUUCGGCACCUUGAGUGACACUUUAGGCUAUGCGGUGCACAACGGAAAAACGAAAAAAGAGCGCGCACUCGGUAAAAAAAAAAGAAAAGAAAAAGUGGCGACAGAAUAAGAGUGCAUUUUUUGAAAAUUUAUAUUAGAAAGAAAAAACUUCAAAAAGUGAUUGUUUUACAUUGUAUUAUAAAUAAAAGAAAAAAUAUAUUUUUCAAAACAAAAAACUAAAUUAUCUUAUUAUACGAGUGUUGCAAGUCAAUGCCUAGCCAAUCCGGAAGAAAAUGGCGGCAUGUGACGAGGCGACAUUUGAUCUUGCUAGAACAGAAUACGAGUGAAUUCUGUUCUCAUUAUUUCGUUAAGAGCUUUCCAACAAUUAAAAUGAAGUUCUCUGUCCUUUUUUUAAAAAUGCAUUACAUUUUGUUCCAUUGAAACCGCUGACGGAAAGGCUACACUCCGCCAGCAAAGUGCAUUCUGUUAACGCACUCCGAUUGGAGUGCGCUCUUCAACAAGUACACGCUACUUGCGAUGUUUAGAUUUGGGAAAGUGCACUUAAACCGAGUGACACUCUCCAUAAGCGCACUUAACUUACCCAUUUGACAGGGGUAUUAUUUAUCCAUAUACUAUUACGAGCCGAAAAACAGAGAUAAUCAUGAAAAUUAGUUGCGCAAGACAAAAAGUAGCAAGUGAAACAAUUGGCCAAUCAAAAAUACUUUAUAUGGCUUAUUCAUUCAUAUCACAUAAUGUGCCUUCAAAGUUAAAGACUAAAAGUUAAUUUAACCUUUUCAGGGUCAAUUUUUUUCACCAUAUGUGACUGCCCAGGGUCUGCCUUUUUUUAUUGCAGAUUCCAAUUCGUCUGAGCAACCUAUUUCGAAAAAAACUUUACGUAAUUUUUCUAGGGUGACCAAAAGUGAGAAAAAAAAAUUACGUUGGUAUAUACGUACUCUUUAUUCAUGAAUAGCAAUAAUAAAACAAGGAAAUAAACGUAUAAUUAAAAAUUGGAUGCAUUAUUAUAGUUCAAGGUUUAGAAUAUGCGCACAUGAGAAUAUUUUGCAAGUCUCAAAUGUUCCUGCUCUUACGUUAUUAUUUACGUCUAUAGCGUAAUGGAACUGCAUAGGUGAACGCACUGAAGAAAACUGUGUGGUUGUGUGCCCGUUAAAAAAGCAAAACGUGUGACAAACUUCCACUAAUCUUCAUCUUAUCGCCAACCAGAGGCAAUUACAUAUCGCGAGUCUCACCCCUCCCCCCCCCAAAAAGAAAGGAAAGGAAAAGCAUGCAUGGCGGCAUCCUUCCUAUGCGCACCCUUGUGAGCAUUAAACGAGCAAGAAACAGGAGGUCACCCUUUGAGUGAUAAGUAACGAAAUGGCCAUCAGUUUUGCGAGCACAAGAAGUUGAAACCCCCCGUGGAACAAAACCCAAACCGCUGCCUGCCCCCGCGCAUGCCAAUGCGCGAGUGGUUGUAUAUAGAGGCGCGUAAGCAAACUAGCUCUAAAACAAACCAUGCAACGAAAACCAAAAGAGGGGAGCGCGAGAAAAAAAUUCCUUGUAUUCCCACAUAGUGGCAGCGCAUGCCAGGAAAGAAAAAAUUAGGAAAUUAGCGCGCUUUUUAAGCGUACAGACGGCGCCAUAAAUAUAUGGCAUCGACCACUUUGGACUUUUUCGCAGCGCCGUAUAUUUACGUCAUUAACCCUGAAAGGGUUAAUAAAUUUAAGACUAAUUUUACUUAAGCCACUAUGCAAACUAUGCAAAUGUGGCUUUUACAGUUGCUUUGUUUUCAAUGGUAGACAGACUGUGCAUGGGAAAUCACAGCAGGAGAGUUCACAAUACUGCUAGAAUUCAUCUAAAAAUUUUAGCAUGUACCAUCUACAUUAACAUUGGAAAAUUGAAGACAGUUAUUCCUUAAUACAUGUUCAUUUUGUCCAAUUUUUCUCCAAUGCUCCUGCACCGAGAUAUUCCUCCAGAGUUCUGUCACUCAGUGUCAGCUAAUUACAAACCAUAAAAUGCAAAGUGUAAAAUACGAUGUAGAAGUAGCCACUCUUUUCAUAACUGCACAGUAAAGGAACAACAGACUGAGAACAAACCUGAUCCUGCAAGUCGCUAAACUAGCUCAUGCAGGCAAAAAGUGACGGAAUUCUAAUGGACUGUUGCACACUUGAAUGCAGUAUAUAGACACAUAGAGUUCCUCUCAUGCAAUAGCCUGGAGCAAAACAUGGGCUUGGCAGAAGCUGUUCGCCUGAUAUUGCAUUUUGGUUAAUGAUGUAUUGCCGCAACGUUAACACUGCUGCAGAUACCUUUAUGGUUGUGCGGUUAACCACCACAUAGAUGUCACUUCAUAAGACUAUCUUGCCACUUGCACCAAUACACAAACAAGAGCCAUAACGUUUUUUACUGUCAAGCCUUCUAACAAAACUAGCACUGCAUGGCACUGUUAUCUCAGCUCUUUUUUCCUGUUGCUAUGCUCAAAACUAAGGAUAAGAGUGGGCAAGGUGACUCAGCUAAUAGGCCACAAGCAAAACAAAAUCUAAAUGUGAACUAGCAAGUCCCCUAGCAAUCUUCAACGUUAAACUAAAUGAACACAAUGAGAGCGCCUACAUGCAACACAAGUUUGGACUUCAUAGCAUAAAUCCAAUUCUCUACAAUUGUAAAUUACAAGGUUGGCUUCAAAUCUAUAAACAAGCUAAUGAGAAUUUCUUUCUCUAUAUCUGGCACACAUAGACCUCUUUCCUUGUCUAUCAAACCAUAACAUCUGUAACUAGGCCAAGUUGUUUGAGUUUACUACUAAACUUUUGAUCAAGUCAACCUUAAAUGUAAUGCUGCUUGUUUUUCCGUAAGCACUCAGCACCGACAUGAUGUCAGAAGAGCUCUAGGCUACCCACUGCUAUGGAUCUUGAGGUACGCAUGCAUAUAAUGGAUACAUGACAAAACUAAAAAGAACAUGGUGCCAUCGUCUAACACACAAGCUCGAUAUCUAUGCUUCGUACCACUGCAACUGCGAAGUGCCGAAGCCAUCUCCCACAAGCAUGCAGCAAAUGCUGAAUCAAUCGAGGAAAUGUAGCACAUUCCUGUACAGCUGUUAGGGCGUGUAGAAGUGUCUUUGCACAUUACUGAAAACAACAAUUUUUGCCUGGUCAAGCCAGGCAAGCAACAAAAAGCCAAGUGCUUUGUUAAUGAUAUGGACCUAAAAACACAAUAUUGUAAAAUUUCAAUGAAAACAAAUCAGCAGUAAGCAAAUUGGUGUGCAGUUAUCAGAAUGAAAACACAGGUCAUUGUGUAGUAUUCACAACAGUGCAGUAUACACAAACAUCACAUGGAGCUGCUGCUUGCACUUUAUUGGCAAUUUUCACUUCACAGAUUUGGCUGCUGCUUGCACUUUAUUGGCAAUUUUCAAUUCACAGAUUUGUAUGCAGGUCUCCAAACUUGAGUAUGCUAUAACAUCUGCUUUCACUUUGCUUUCAAUAGUGUUUUCUUUUUAAGGAUUUAACAAAAGAGUAAAGUGGAAUGAGGGAAGAAGAAAUAGUAUGACAUGACUGGACAAAUGAAUGCCAAAAAGCUAGACUAUGGUCAGCAGUGUUUCCAAUCAAGUUAAUCAGAAAUGUACACCGCCAUAAAUACUUGAGAAAUGUCACUCAUUAUGUUAUGUAUAACAGCGCAACUGCUCCGACAGGUCAUGUCACAGUAUGAUAAAUCAAACAUGAACACAAUGAAUACAAGGGCUUCGUGGGCAUAUAGAUUUCAUAUAAACAUGUAAUCAAUUCUUUUUCUACGAAAAUAAUGUGCUUGGCUUGUAGAAGUCCCCUACCUCAAGUGCAAUCUUACAGUUUUGUUCUCCCAAUUUCAAUUUUAACACUGGACCCUGAUCGCUAUGUGACAGACAUUGCAUUUACCCAGAACGUGUCAGGCAGAACAGGCGUGAACCAGUGCACACUGACGUUGCAGCCGCAAUCACAACCAGUUGAAGAAUAGUUUGUGAGCUAGUUUUGUCUGUACAGCAUGUUCCGCAUCCGAAGACGAAACUCUGUGCGCCAACCUGCUGUCUUGAGUUUUCGCUCUCGGACCCUUUGUUACAUACUUGUGCGUGAGUGGUUUGUGAUGACAAAGCCUGCUCCUGAGUACAGUCGUUUCCGGUAGAGGUUCGUAGGACAAUGGCAGUUUGUAACUUAAACACUUCUUUUUUUUGCCUCCCACAGGGCAAAAAAACUAAGACACCUGGCUUAGUACACAAAAUAACCCGCUGAGAAAUGUGAUACGACGGUUUCCCGUCGAGAGAGAUGUCCUGCUGGUUAUUUAACACAUGAGGAAAUCAAAUAUACUUAGCAGCACAACCGUAGAACUGCAUGUGUACAUAAUGCUGUAGCCACGUAGACUUUUGAGUGUACAUACACACAUUUACAGAGUGUGCAUUUUGUUAAUGAGAUUGCAGCCUGUGCAGCACCACCCUGCUUUUAAGCCACGCGCAUUGCAGUGAAAAUGUCAGCUUUUGUCAAAUUAGUUUGUGCAUCUAUACAAAAAAUUAAUCUUAUUUACUCUUUCAUGCCUAAGCUUGUUUCGCUACGACGAAAUUUGUCAAGGAGGCUCUGCACCUGACAACACAGUGGUCUGGUAUCACAUAAUGCAUUGAAGAAGAAAUUGCAGAAGCAGGCAGUCACAUACAGCUAUUUCAGAUUUUUGGACUGAUCUCCUUUCUCUGUCAUAACAAUGUAAGAGAACAUCACAUAUUAAUGGAUAAUGUAGGAAUUCCUUGCUCAGCAAAAUUUGCCCGAACAUACUAUACAGGUUACCAUGUUCCCUCAUCAUGCAAAUGGAAGUCUGCAUUGCUCAAAGUACAGUAGGGAAACAAAAGUCAUGGGAAUAAAACGCAUCCACUGGCCUGCACAAACAAGCUGCAUGGACAAAAACCAAAGUGAUACUACAGUGCACAGCAAUACAAUACAAUCUUUAUUGUGCAUAAAGGAAAACAAAACAAAGAAAACAAAGAAAAGCAAAAAAAUACUUUAUCGUUACAAUCUAGAGAAAAAUGAAUAUAUUUUAAUGCUGCACCUCUUUACUAUCUACUGCUUUGACUAGCUCACAGGAAGAAAACUCCUGUGCCCAAGUAUUAAUCUUGCCUUUAGUCAAAACUAAUGCCAACAGCUCAUUACAACUGCUGUCUUCAUGACACCAUGUCACACAAUUAGUCUGAGAUCAAAGAACCAAUAUAGUGCCAAUAAGUGCUUUUUGCACAAUCUACAAUGUCAUUAUCAGAUGCACGAUGGUGCAACACUCUCCAAAAUCGUGAAGAGUAGGUUGCUCUUAAAACAGCACAUUUCUGUGCUUACUGUACAGGACUUAUUUUAUAUCUCAGUAGUACAAUCUUGCUACUCCACCUACUGUACUUUGAGAGCUGUUCAUUAACACUAAACUGUAAGGUUCAGGGUCUGUAAGGUUCAGGUACCUCUAUAACACUUGGUUAAGGUCACUACAAAUCUAAAGUUCUUAGCUUCUUGGAAACCAAGCCAUCUUUACUAUUUUCAUCAUGCUUCUAUGUUACAGCUGCAGAGCCUCCUAGGCAACAGUUCUGAUUACAAUCAUGAUCCCCACGUUAGAAAUCAACUUUCCUUGGCUGCUCAAUAGUAAGAAGAAUGCAUAGGAUUGUGAGCAAGUGCUGAAUUUGCUUCUAGCCUGGUGAGAAGCAAGAGCAUCCUCCAAUCAUCUAUCUUCUUCAGUUAUGGCAUGCUGCUAAUCUGAAAGGAUGACCUGUUGGGGGUCACACUCGUGUAAAUAUUACAUGCGUAACAAGCACUUACUAACCUCUCCAAACAUGUAAAUAAGCACCACUCAUAUAGAGAAGCCAGUGUUGUGCUUCCUCAACUGAUAAGGAAAUGCCUGCACUGAGUGUUUUGUAAUAGUUACUCCUGCAUUGUCACUGGAAGUGCCCCGAUACACUUUCUAAAGCCACCCUGCUCUCAUCUACCUAUCCAGCUGACACUUGAACACCUGUCAAUCAUGUUCCUCGGCAGGCAUCUUUUAACUCCUUGCCUUGUGUACUACAGUUAGGACACCACAUAGUAUACUAUACUCGGCAUUCUCAUCAGUCGCUGUGGACAUCAAGAGGACAGUCAUAAAUCAACGCCAUGUGUAAGCUAUAAAGGAAGGUCCUUGAUGUAGUCCGCCUAAUACUUGCACACUACCAUGGGCCUGGCUAUCUAAAUGCAGAGCACCUAGAUUAUUUUUAUAGGAACACAAUUCCUGAAGAAAAAGAUACUGUUGCUGUUAGUGAAUAUAACAUGUUAGAGUCUUGAUACACUUCUAAAAACAUGUUUUGAUUCUGCAGUGUCGCAACUUGAAGGCUGGACUAAAACUUUCUUCUUUUUCGAACAGUAGUUAAAGAGUAUGCACUGUCCAGCUUUUCAAGGUUUCUCAUUAAGAAAACACCUUAGAAAGUGCCUGGUAAUUGAGCUCGGAAUGCCAGUUCCACAAAGACAUGCCAAGAGCAUAGCUAUGAGAAAUGUUCAUCUGGACAGCUCCUACGUAAACUGUGCAAAAUAAUUGCACGCUUUUCAUAAUUCUGGGAAGUUCACAGGAUGAACCCAAUUUUCAGAAGCUCUCAUCUUCACCACAGAAGUCGCAGCUUUAGAAAAUGGGAACUAUACACAUUACACUACCGUACCUCUCACCCUUACACAUGUGCCAAUGCAAGCUUAUCAUCCCGAGCAGUGUUCAUGUAAAAAAAAAUGUACCAAUUGUGUGAGCCCUUGUGAGCAGGCAUGUUACCACUUCUGCUGAAAAACGUGUGCGAGACAAAAUGAGCUUAAUGCUGCCUUUGCAUUGUAGUCUGAAAAAAACUUUCUCCAAGAGGAGAACCACUAGAUGGCAACCAUGGUGACACUCAAGACUUGUGCUUUUUAUAAAACAGCAUCAGAGCACAAGUUUUGGUUGUACCAGCUAUACAAUAUGUUGCAUCAAUAAAGGACUCCGGUGCAGACAUCUCUUCCAAUUAAACUGCUAGCUUAUCUGCACUAGAAUUUCAAACAGAGCUGGCAUUUCACAGUGAUUUUCGCUUGUGCCAUGCUUGGUACUUGCUCAUUUUACCCAAAAAAAAAAUCAGAAGUACAUGUCUGCAGCCAUGCCAGGUGAAAAAUGUUGGUUUCCUUGGCAUGAGAAAUAGAGAGCUACCUGUAGUUUACAGGAUGAAAGUUCACCAUAUUCUAUUAUCUGUGAAAUCCAGGAAGUCGGCUUCCUGCCAACAGAUCGGGCCCUUCUUCCAUCUACAGAUUAUGAAUCUUCCCACGAUGCUCACAUACAAUGCAAAAUUCUUAUUUAUUCUGGAUAAAUCAGGCAAGCAUAGCACUGGUGUGUGGUAUUAAACAAUAUGCAUCACAAAUGCCACCCCAGUUCAACAUCCAUGAGCAGAUGAGACAGUAGUAUAUCCAGAAUAACUGCUUACACUGACUUCCCUUAUUGACACAACAUAGUGUAGAUAACAGUAAGUGGAUCCCAUCUAACACGGUAUGACUGCAACAGAGUCAAACAGGUGAUUUAUUCUGCUGGGAUGUAUGUAGAAUAAUACACAUGCUCGUUCAUUAAAACACGGACACAUCUGUGGAAAAGCUAUUGUUUCCUCAUCCAUUGCAAGAUGAAGUUAGCAUUCUUCUAGAAUAAUCACCAACGUGUUUCAUAGGGCCCUGAAAUAUCAUGUGCCAAUGUUGUGCUUUCUGUGGUUUAACUUUGUUAUCACUGUUUUUCAAGGUGUCUGUGCGCCCAAGAAGCCAAUUGGAAAAGCGUCAGUAGGAGGCUAAGAUGCACAGCUAAAGUGAAUCGUAGCUAUUUUACUAUGUGCACUGAACCGAAUAUCCACAAUUGACUCCAACCAUUGUUUUCAAGUGGUGUUGCUGUUUGUAAAUAAAAAAAAUAACAUUAUCUAUGACCA